AUGGCACCAUGGUUGCUUAUUGUUGUAGCAGUUCUCAUCAUAUUGGCUCUCACUUCGUUAGUCAUUGUAUUCCUAAUACUUCCAAGAAAAUCAGGAUAUUUCAAACGAUUGUCAGAAACAACCCAUAGAGAUAUUAGAGGACUUAUGAUUCUAGUCAAAAUGCGUCUACGUUGUUCUCGUGCUUUCUGGAGAAAUCGAGGUAUACAGUCCUUGUUUUUAGACACUGUACGAAAAAAUUCCGAUAAGGAAGCUAUUUAUGAUAUGACUUUCGGAAAGUCAUUUACCUUCAAGGAGCUGGACGAACUCGCUUGUCAGUACGGUCAUAUGCUACAGAAUAAUUCGUCCGUACAAGCUGGUGAUGUUGUUGCUAUAUGCAUGGACAAUGGGGCACAUUUUGUGGCAGCCUGGCUCGGGUGCGCAAAGAUAGGCGCCAUAUCUGCUUGGAUUAAUACAAAUCUCCAAGGAGAAUCUCUGACGCACUCACUGAAGAUCUCAAAAGCAUCCAUUAUAGUCUGCUCAACGGCUCAUCAACAAAAAAUAGUCGAAACCGUAGAAAACGAAGGGGCAAUGCAGGAACGACCGCUGAUUUUUAGCGGAGGAACUGCACUAAAACCAUACGUUAAAUGCACUGACGAUCUCUUGAGAACACAGCCAACUUCACAGCCUGUAGCAACGCGGGAGAUGACCUUCCAAGAUCCACUGUGCUACAUAUUCACAUCUGGUACAACGGGGAUGCCAAAACCAGCAAUUAUUAAGCACUUCAGGUUCUUCUAUAUAGCUACAAGUGGUGAGGUAGCAUUCGGAGUACGGCCCAAAACUGACAGAAUUUAUGUUUGCCUUCCGCUCUAUCAUACAUCAGCAGGAGUACUCGGAGUUGGACAAACGGUGAUACAUGGAGCAACGUGUGUUAUAAGAGACAAAUUUUCUGCGCGCAAUUUCUGGAAGGAUUGUGUGAUAAACAAAUGCACAGUAUCGCAAUACAUCGGAGAACUUCUUCGAUACUUACUUCUGACUGAGAAAUCAUCAUAUGAAGAAAACCACUGUGUCCGAUUGUUAAUAGGAAAUGGGUUGAGACCAGCUAUAUGGAGGCAAUUUCAAGAACGAUUCAAAGUUGAGCGAAUAGCCGAGUUUUAUGGUUCAACCGAAGGAACUUCUAAUCUCAUUAACAUUGAUGGAAAGGAAGGUUCUUGCGGAUUUAUGACGAUAAUUAGUAUCGCUGCUCCAAUAUACCCUAUACGACUUUUCAAAGUCGACGAAGCAACAGGCGAGCUGAUCAGAGACGAUCGUGGAUACUGUAUACCUAUUCGGCCAGGCGAAUCCGGUCUACUUGCAUGCACAAUCCGUAAAAAUAACCCACUCUACCAUUUCGAGGGCUAUGUCGACGAAGCAGAGACCCAGAAAAAGGUCAUUGAAGAACCAUUACCAGGAUCUGAUCCAGUCUUCUUGUCAGGUGAUAUACUGUACUGGGACCGGCUCGGAUAUUUUUAUUUCAAAGAUAGAGUAGGAGAUACUUUUAGGUAA